CUCGUAUACGAUGGAUCAUUCGAUGCACAUGCCCCACGGCCAUGGCCACGGCGAUAUGGAUAUGGGCGGGCAAUGCAACAUGAAUGCAAGUACCUGACGUCUCCGAUGGUCUUUACCUGGUCGGCCAAAGAUCUUUGCAUCAUCUUCCGCUGGUGGCGCAUCACUGGGCCCUUCUCGUUCUUGUUUUCCCUCGCCGCCAUCGUCCUCCUCACUGCCGGCUAUGAAGGAGUUCGACAGGCGACCCGGCGAUAUGAAGCUGCCCACGCCCGACGCCUGAACUCAUUUACAUCUUCCGUAGCAACAGGAGACGAGGAGAUCGCCGAUCCGACCAUCGCCGGUGCCCCGACGGAACCUAUUCCUGACGCUCACGACGAUGACUCACCUCUACUUGUAGGCCGGGACAACCGCGCGGCGGUUGCGCGCCAAGGGAAAUUCGCCAUGGCGUUUCUGUAUGCCGUGCAAGUCUUUUAUAGCUUCUUCAUAAUGUUACUCUUCAUGACUUACAAUGGAUUUGUCAUGUUUGCGGUGGCAUUUGGUGCAUUCCUUGGGUAUGUGGUUUUCGCGGAUGGCACUCCGGCGACCAAGACGAUUGCCUGCCAUUGA